UCUUCCCUGGCCCCCAUGUGGAAUCAACCGCAUUGCCAUCCAGGUGCUUAAUAAGCAUAUGCUUGGUGUCCUGUUGACUUCUGGGGAGGAACCAGAAGCCCCAAGGGAUUUAGAGUCUUCCUUCUGUGCCCCUUACCGAUUUCCCCAAACUAGGAGCCUUGAAACGCAGAGCCCAGCGUGGUUCUUGGCACAUAGUAGGCACUCAGAUAUUGACUGGACUGAUAUAUGACCCCAAGGGGCAAAACAGGAUGACCUAAUAACUCACUCCAGGCCCUUCUCCCAGACUUCCCCUCUGAGAAAUGCCCAGGAGCUUCUCGGGAGGCACUUGCCAGCCUGGACAUCCCAAGCGCUUGGGGGGGGGUGGGCAGCUCCAGCCCCUGCUUCCUGUCAUCAGUGUAAUGCAUUCAUAUCUACAAUAUGGCAAAUUUCAUAUCCUCCCACCCUCUUUCCUGCAUUAUUGAUGAGCUGUGCACUUUUAAAAAAUCAAUUAGAUCAGGGCGUGGAGCUGGAGUUAAAAGAAGCCUUUAAAAGUCUGCUCUUGUUUUUGCUGUUUUGAAUAGGAACAGAUACAGCUUUCUCUCUGGUUUGAAUAAGUCAAGCCCAGGGCUAGGUUGGCUGUGAUUGGCCAGGACUAGGAAAAUGCGGUUAGGAUGCAAACGCAAGCAAAUAUAACCCAGUGUAUGCGCAGCCAUUACUAAGGUAAGGCAGCAGGACCUGGAACCUCCAGCAUUGGGUGGUUCCUCAACAGUGCUUACCCGCCAGAAAACUGGGAAGACCGCUGAGAGAGAAGGCAAGGUAAGUUCUAUUUGGUUUAUGGAUGCACGUCAAUAGAGCAAUUUUACUUGAACUAGAAAGAAACAAAAGAGAGAGGAGAUUAAAAUUUCCUUGGCUCUGUGUUCUCGGAUGAGGCUUUUAAAGGGUUGAACCAGGAGUUUGUGACCAGUUUUGCAGACUUCCUGCUGAGAAGUCGAGGUGCUUUUUAGAGACCACAAAACAUAGGGCACACUUUCAAAAGCUUGGAAAGAUUCACCCAUCUCAAAGAGAUGGUAUGGGGCAAGGCAGAAAUUUAAACCAGCUUUCUCUGGGGUCCGUUCCUAGGAGUAUUGGUAAGAAUUAAGGGCCACCAGCUUUUAAACUGGGAUUUCAAAACUGCACCCUGCCCAGCGGUUUGUGCAGUGGUCUCAAAGGGUGCUGAGUUGAUAAAUCAGGACUUGAGGAGGAGGGAGGGAGAGACUGAGCUUUGGGGGACUUUGCUCCGUCCCCCAGUCACAUUUUCUGGGUGUUCCAGUAUGGCAAAGUCCCUGCUUUGAGCAUGUCCUCUCCUGCAUUUCAGGGACCCUGGCCCAGUGAGCAUUUUGAUUGCUAAGUCCCUGCUGGAAAAUGGGACUGUUUUUGGCCUCUGGACUCACAGUUCUAAUUAGUGCCAGCUGGUUUGACUUUUACCAGGUUUACUCUUAACCUCUCUCCAAGGAAUGAAUUCCUUGUCCCCUUCCCCUAAUUGGGUCACAGCAUUUGCCUUUAAUGACUGAAAUCUAGGGUCUGAAGAAAACCUGAACAAAUAUUUCCUGGCAAUUCUAAGCAGCACAGGGUGGGGCAGUGCCAAUUAUCAAAUUAAAUCCUUAAACACUGGCAGCUCCGCAUCACUGCUCUGCGUUAGUCCUGCUGUAGUAGUAGACAAAGAGAGCUUUUUGUUUGUCUUUUGUUUUGUUUUUUUGCCGAUGUCCAUACUAGAUAAUGGCACAUACUCUCCAAACCUGGGUUCAUCUGCCAAGGCUUAAGAAAAGAAUGGCCAGACAUGCUCCUCUUAACAAGCACAAUAUGCCUCCAAAUAGCAAAACCCCAGAUAGUCCUUUCUGGGUGGGGUUGUUUUUUCUUUUGUUUCUUUUUCUUUAUCCUAUGUAACUUCAUCAGGCCCUUCCUUUUUCCUUUGCCUCUUGGGAGCGUUCAUCAGUGAUGUGUAUCAAUCAGAUUGCAAGCCCCUUGAGAGCAAGAACCAGGCAGGAACUUUCAUUAUUUAAAGCCUGUGUGGCCAUGGACGUGUAGGUGCUUGAUAACCCUAGACACACUUCGAACAGAGAUGUCCCAGGAAGACAAGUGCCAUGUCUCUGAGCAGUGCCUUUCAGGCUGUGGGCAACGACCCUGGGAUCAUCACCUGGAGAAUAGAGAAAAUGGAGCUGGCGCUGGUGCCCCUGAAUGCCCACGGCACCUUCUAUGAGGGGGACUGCUACCUCAUCCUCUCGAAGGGCCAGCAGCGAAGGGGAGGCGAGCUGGCGCCUGACCUCAUCUCUCUGACUACAUCCCAGACCCGGAGAGUGGGCAGCAUCCUCUCCCAGGACAUCCACUUCUGGAUUGGGAAGGACUCCUCGCAGGAUGAGAAGAGCUGCGUAGCCAUCUACACUACGCAGCUGGACGACUACCUGGGGGGCAGCCCCGUGCAGCACCGGGAGGUCCAGUGCCACGAGUCCGACACCUUCCGCGGCUACUUCAAGCAGGGCAUCAUCUACAAGAAGGGGGGUGUGGCCUCUGGGAUGAAGCACGUGGAGACCAAUACCUACGACGUGAAGCGGCUGCUGCACGUGAAGGGGAAGAGAAACAUCAGGGCCACCGAGGUGGAAAUGAGCUGGGACAGUUUUAACCGAGGUGAUGUCUUCCUGCUGGACCUUGGGAAGGUCAUCAUCCAGUGGAAUGGCCCAGAGAGCAGCAGCAGGGAGCGUCUGAAGGCUAUGCUUCUGGCAAAGGAUAUUCGGGACAAGGAGCGAGGGGGCCGUGCUGAAAUAGGAGUGAUCGAGGGAGACGAGGAGGCAGCCAGUCCAGAGCUGAUGAAGGUCCUUCAGGACACCCUCGGCCGGCACUCCAUUAUCAAGCCUGCAGUCCCUGAUGAGAUCAUAGAUCAGCAGCAGAAAUCAAAUAUCACGCUGUAUCAUGUCUCAGACUCAGCUGGGCAGCUGGCGGUCACAGAGGUAGCAACGAGGCCUCUGGUCCAGGGCUUACUGAACCAUGAUGACUGCUACAUCCUGGACCAAAGUGGAACCAAGAUCUAUGUGUGGAAAGGAAGAGGAGCCACAAAGGUUGAGAAACAGAUGGCCAUGUCUAAAGCUCUGAACUUCAUCAAGAUGAAGGGCUACCCCAGCAGUACCAACGUGGAGACCGUCAGUGAUGGUACCGAGUCAGCCAUGUUCAAGCAGCUGUUCCAGAAGUGGUCAGUGAAGGAACAGACCGUGGGUCUGGGGAAAACGUUCAGCAUUGGUAAAAUCGGUAAGAUUGCCCCCAGAUCGUGUUCUCACUGCCAGGACUCUUUAGAAAGGCAGGCACAGGUGCUUUUUGCUCACUUGGCUUCUCCCAACCCCUUCCGUGCAGCUAACGUUUUCCAGGAUAAAUUUGAUGUGACUCUGCUGCACACCAAACCAGAGGUGGCAGCCCAGGAAAGAAUGGUCGACGACGGCAAUGGCAACGUUGAGGUCUGGAGAAUUGAAAACCUGGAGCUGGUCCCCGUGGAGCAUCAGUGGUAUGGCUUCUUUUAUGGGGGAGACUGCUAUCUGGUUCUCUAUACGUACGAGAUGCACGGGAAGCCGCACUACAUCUUGUACAUCUGGCAGGGCCGCCACGCCUCACAGGAUGAGCUGGCAGCCUCGGCAUACCAGGCGGUGGAGGUGGACCGGCAGUUUGAUGGGGCCCCUGUGCAGGUUCGGGUUACCAUGGGGAAGGAGCCACGCCACUUCAUGGCCAUCUUCAAAGGAAAGCUGGUUAUCUUCGAGGGUGGGACUUCCAGGAAGGGAAAUGCCGAGCCCGAUCCUCCGGUAAGGCUCUUCCAGAUUCAAGGAAAUGACAAAUCUAACACCAAAGCGGUGGAGGUUCCAGCUUUCACCUCCUCCCUAAACUCCAAUGAUGUCUUUCUGCUGCGGACCCAGACAGAGCACUACCUGUGGUAUGGCAAGGGGUCUAGUGGGGAUGAGCGGGCAAUGGCUAAGGAGCUGGCCGGACUUCUCUGUGAUGGCACCGAGAACACAGUGGCUGAGGGCCAGGAGCCAGCUGAGUUCUGGGACCUGCUGGGAGGAAAAACUCCCUAUGCCAAUGACAAAAGACUACAGCAGGAAAUCCUAGAUGUCCAGUCCCGUCUCUUUGAAUGUUCCAAUAAGACUGGCCGGUUCAUUGUCACUGAGAUCACAGACUUCACCCAGGAUGACCUGAACCCAGAUGAUGUGAUGCUCCUGGAUACCUGGGACCAGGUGUUCUUGUGGAUUGGGGCUGAGGCCAACGCCACAGAAAAGGAGAGCGCUCUUGCUACCGCCCAGGAGUACCUGUGCACUCACCCCAGUGGCCGAGACACCGGCACACCAAUCCUGAUCAUUAAACAGGGGUUCGAGCCUCCCAUAUUCACAGGCUGGUUCUUGGCCUGGGACCCUCACAUUUGGAGCGCAGGGAAAUCAUACGAACAGUUAAAAGAAGAGCUGGGAGAUGCUGCUGCUAUCACGAGAAUCACUGCUGAUAUGAGGGACACAACCCUCUCCCUGAAUUCUGAGCCAAAAUAUUACCCCGUAGAAGUUCUGUUGAAAAAUCAGAGUCAGGAGUUGCCUGAGGAUGUGAACCCUGCCAAAAAGGAGAAUUACCUCUCUGAACAGGACUUUGUUUCUGUGUUUGGCAUCACAAGAGGGCAAUUUGCUGCUCUGCCUGGCUGGAAACAGCUCCAGAUGAAGAAAGAAAAGGGGCUUUUCUGAGGCAAGGCAUCUGCCUACUGCAAGACCCCAGAAGAAAGCAGAUAGUGCCAGUACCAGGAAGGAAUUUCUCUACUAAUUUCUGUCUAACAUCCAGCUACUUAAUGUUGAUACAGUAGGCUCUGCAAAUCACAGCAUGUUCUCCAUUUUUCUCAUCCCUGCGUUCCUUAGUUGUUAUAUACCUAAAAUGUAAGCUGCCCACUUUUUAAUUUUUGUGGCCUCAGCAGAAAGCACUAAAACUGCAGGAAUCUGGAGAAGUCAAAAGUAAGAGAACAAAAAAACUAAGUUUAGAGUGUUUAAUAUUGGGGCAAGGGCCUAAGUUUGUUUUAAAUCUUAAGAUCGGUAUUUCCUAUUUAACCCACAAAACAUUGAAGUUAUUCGCAUAUACACCCUGAAGUCAAAAUCUAAAUGCUCAGAACUGUAUGUGCCAGAGAUUUUUAAAUUUUCAAAUAAAGAUACCUGUAAGAGCAAAUAGGAGUUCUUUUCAGUAUUUUGGGUCUGCCCAUUAUGGUAACUAUUUUGUUCUACUGGGAGAAAUGUCUCAGUACUGGGCAAGUAAAGAGGCACUGUUGAGUGAGCUCUCUGGAUAACUGGAAUCCCUGUUGACCUAAGAAUGCCAAAAUCUGCCUUACAGCUGUCCAGGAAACCUCAGUCCCCACCCAUCCACACCCCACUAUCCAGAGGAGAAACAGGGCCAUGUGUUAUUAAUUUCAGUAAUGAGGCCAGAAUCAGUGUGUAUACCACUGCAGAGAGCCUUCAAAGCACGCUACAGACAUCAACAAAUGAACCACAUUUUCCAGACAACUCCAAGUUUGAGUCAACAAUUCCAAAAGAAUCCAUGUGGCACAAGUAAUGUAACUGGGGAAGUUCCAGGAUAGAAGCAUAGUCCAAAGCGUCACAAAGCGAAACCGAACAAGAGAGUUCUCUGUCACAGGAGUAGGAUGGAACAAGGUAGACAUUUUAGGGACACCAUAAUAAAUCCGCGUUGAAGGCAGCAGC